AUUUUACAUUCGUCUGACCUACUGCCAACACGCAGUCGGAGUGUUGUUUAUAUUCACGUGAUUAUUUGUUUGUGAUCGGUGGUACGAGUUGAAAAUAAAAAAACAACAAGAGGUUUAAGAAAAAGUAGAAGUUGAUUGUGUUUGAUCAAUUAACAAAUAUAAGAUGAAGAAUUUGUUGAUCGGAGUUGCUUUGAUUGUUGGUGCUUCUUGCCAAAUCUAUACACAAAUUGGACCUGAUGGAUACAAAUAUCCAAAACCCGAAGCACGAUUUAAUUUACCAGAUCCAGUUGAGCAGAAUGAAGUUGUGGAUGAACCACAAGGGUGUUCGAAUGGAGGUUCGGGACAAUAUUGUUGUUUGAAUGGUGCAGAUAAUCCAGACUGCUGUGACAAUGGUGGACGGGGACCUUUCUGUUGUGCUAAC